CUCUCUCUCCUGUCUCUAUCAUCCCAGGUCCGGUAGCUUGCCGGGCCAGCCGUUUUUCCUUCCUCUGUUUCUUCUGUGUGACUGCUUGUUUUCUGAUGCAGACGCAGGUCUCUGGAGCCUCUGACUGCUUCAUGCUUCAUGAUUUAGCGGCUGGAACGAAGGCGAAGUAGCGCGGAUAAGUGGGUGCUAUGGUGGGACCUCCUGGGAAAUAGCAGCAGAUUCCAUACAGCCAUGGAUCUAACAGACCAACCAUAGUUUGAAACAGCCAGGUGAGCUUGGUGGGCCUGGUUAAACUAAACCCUAACCCACUCUGCCCACCACUAUCAUUAUUUUAUCACAAACACCCACAUACACCAGUGUAAUCUGUGAUUGUGACUCUAGGUCAACAGCACACAGCAGACAUGUCAGACAGGGUGAACUUCAGCACACCAAAAGCUGCCCCCCGACCUGCAGCAGCUCCUGUACUCCCCCCUGAGCCCAUCGACAUCAUCCGUAUCAAGGCCCGGUCCCGGCGGGUGCGUCUUAAUGUUGGAGGUCUCACACAUGAGGUCCUGUGGAGAACACUGGACAGGCUUCCCAGAACCCGCCUGGGAAGGCUACGAGACUGCAACACCCACGAGUCACUUCUGGAGAUCUGUGACGACUACAGCCUCAAUGAGAAUGAAUACUUCUUCGAUCGGCACCCAGUGGCCUUUUCCUCAAUCCUGAACUUCUACCGAACAGGAAAGCUGCACAUGAUGGAGGAAAUGUGUGCCCUGUCUUUUGGACAGGAGCUGGACUACUGGGGCAUUGAUGAGAUCUACCUGGAGUCGUGCUGCCAGGCGAGGUAUCAUCAGAAGAAAGAACAGAUGAAUGAGGAGCUCAGGAGGGAGGCAGAGACACUAAGAGAGAAAGAAGGGGAGGAGGAAGACCUCGGCUGCUGUCCUGACAAGAGGCAGAAGCUCUGGGAUCUGCUGGAAAAACCCAGCUCAUCUGUGGCUGCGAAGAUUUUGGCCAUGAUCUCCAUCCUUUUCAUCAUAAUGUCCACUAUUUCACUAUCACUCAACACCCUGCCAGAGCUGCAAGUUGUGGAUGAAUUUGGCCAGUACAAUGACAACCCCAGCUUGGCCCAUGUGGAAGCUGUAUGUAUCGCCUGGUUCACAAUGGAGUAUGUGCUGCGGCUGCUUUCAGCACCAAACAAGUGGAAUUUUGUCAAAGCACCACUAAACAUCAUUGAUUUGUUGGCUAUAUUGCCUUACUAUGUGACCCUAUGCCUAACUGAGUCUAACAAGAGUGUGAUGCAGUUCCAGAACGUGAGACGGGUGGUGCAGAUCUUCCGAAUUAUGAGGAUCCUGAGGAUCCUGAAGCUGGCCAGGCACUCAACAGGACUUCAGUCUCUGGGCUUUACUUUACGAAGAAGCUAUAAUGAGUUGGGUUUAUUAAUCCUCUUCUUAGCAAUGGGCAUUAUGAUCUUUUCAAGCUUGGUAUUCUUUGCUGAGAAAGAUGAAGAUGCCACCAAAUUUACCAGUAUCCCUGCCUCCUUCUGGUGGGCUACUAUUACAAUGACCACUGUUGGUUAUGGAGACAUCUAUCCACAGACCCUACUGGGAAAAAUUGUAGGAGGGCUCUGCUGCAUAGCAGGUGUGUUGGUCAUUGCUCUACCCAUCCCAAUUAUUGUCAACAAUUUCUCUGAAUUCUACAGAGAACAGAAGAGACAAGAAAAAGCUAUCAAAAGGAGGGAAGCUCUUGAAAGAGCUAAACGGAGUGGUAGCAUUAUCUCAAUUAAUGUAAAAGAUGCUUUUGCACGUAGUAUGGAGCUCACAGAUGUGCUCGUUGAAAAGAGAGAAGACAGUAAGUGUCCAGUGGACAAUCACUUGUCACCCAGUCGCUGGAGCUACCACAAACAUUACUCAAAUGCAGAAGUGGGUAGUCCUGGCAGAUUCACACAUUCUCAUUACCAGGAAGUGGUUCAGCAGGGCUCUCCUGAUCGUCUCAAGUCAUGGUCUAAUAAAAGUACACCUCAACGCUUUAAUACAAAGCAACUGGAAGAUGCUUAUGAUAAGACAACAACCCUCCAGGGGCAGCAGGAGAAAAUUAUAGAGGAGCAGUUGGAAAUGAAAGCACUAACACCCUCACAAGCUAUGCAAAUAUCACCUGAAGUCAGUGCUGUUAAGAAGUUGUCAGAUGGUGAUUUUUCAGGGGAGAAAAGCUCUGUACUCCCAACUGCUGUAGGGAGUCAAAAUGGCUCCAGACACCAGCGUAUCCCUCCUCCCUUGGAUCUAAGUCAAAUCAGCACCAUGGAAGUGAAUCGGGGCCCUGACAACAUCCAGUCAAUGAGCAUCAUCAAAGAGGGUCUGUAUGAGUUUGUUCCCAAAGGCAGUGGAAGUGAAGAUGUGAGUUUGACAUCACAGAAUGUUGAAAGCUUGGGAGUGACCUAUGACAGCAUUUGCAGCACUUUGCGAGAUUAUAGCAGCCCUCAGAAGAGGAGAAGCCUCAAGGUUGACUUUCUUGGAUCUCAAGAUGACAUGCUUACAGCUGUGAUGAGUCCUGUAGCAACCCCAGCCUCCAUUAGCUCAGUCAAGCUUGUGCAACUAACGUCAGAUGACAGGGCUGCUCGGUUCUCUCCAGCUCCCAUCUCUGCAAAGCAGGAGGCUUUUUCUCCACUGGCAUUCCUGCAAUCUCCUUCCCCAGCCCAGCAAUCUGUCAGUCCAAGCAACUCUCAGGGGGGAGGUGAGGGCUCAGCAGCCAAGAGCUUAGAAGGUGAAGGGCAGCUCACAGGCUUAAGCCACCAGGGAAGGAAUCACAUGGAAAAGGCUGCUGCUGGCUCAAGCAGUGGUAGUAGUCCACUAUCAUCUAAAGCCAGUCCACUCAAUUGCACCCAAGAGCUUGAAGCUGUGGAGGCAGUGGAAGAAGGAGCAGGUGCAGGGGAGGGAACGGGGUGCAGUGGAGACAGAAGAGAAAACCACAUUGAUCUGGAGGGAAGCCUGACACCUCCCUGUGAGACGAGCAUGUGAGCCCCAAACAAAAGGACAUUUCGCAACAAGAAGAGCCUGUAGAAAGGAGGGUGGAUUGGAUGACAGUAGUUACCCAGAAUGUACUGUAACAAUCUGGUGUUGCCACUGCACUUGCUGACACAGACACUAUUGGAAACCCAUUCACCCUAAAGGUUUUAUAACAUUUGUGUUGCAAUUUUUCUUGAGGGAUGACUGUCAUAUCCCUCGACACCUUUGGACCUUUGUCUCUCUUUGUUGCAAGUCCCAGCAAUCUGCAUGGUUUUAAUAUGCAUCGUCUCAUGUCAGUGAGAUUCUAUGCUACCAGCAGAACAGUGACAAAUGAUUACAUUAUAUCACAAAGGGCUCAGAUCUGAGCAAUAAUGAAGCCUUGUUUGAAUAUGAAUAUUUAUGACUUUACUGAAAAGUUUUUGUUGUACAGCUCUUAGCUUUAAUUUACAAUUUCCUAUUGCUUACUAUAUAGGAAGGUGGAUUUUUUUAUAAUCACCCAAAUGACUUUUUAAAAUGCAACUUUUACAAGACUUAAAAAAAAAAUCAAAGAUUAGUCUUUAUCAGUAUCACGGGUUUUGCUUACUCUUUGGCAUUAUCUUGUUAUAACAGAACCAUGAUCUAAUACAAUCACAUAGUAGAAGGCUUAAAGUUCCAGUCUUCCCUCUCCAUCUUGGACUCAGAAUUGUUCAGUCCAAGAGCACAUAUGCAUUUGCUGUAUUGUGAAAAAUCAAUAUUUGUCUCAGUGCUUCGUCAAUAUGUGUUAUGUUUUAUGUUCACUUUGAUUUGUUUUGUUUCAUUUUUUUUACUCAAAGCAGUUUCUUGAAGAUGAAAACAUUCAGAAUAAGGACUUACAGACCAUCAUAUAGGUUGCUUAUCACUGUGUGCACUAACUUUUAAAAUACAUUUUAAAAAAAUCCUGCAAAAAAUUUACAUGUAAGCUUAGGAGACGAUAUAAUACUCUCAAGAAAACACACAAAGACACACAGACUUGAAUGUGCAUGUGCAUAUACAGAUGAUAUAAAGUUCACCGGGAAAGUGGACAUGGUCAAGGAUCAAAUACAUAUGGAUUGCUGCUUUACGCUGUUCAGGGGCUCUUCCUCCAGGAUUUAUAUUUCUGACCAAAUGUCAGAAUAAAAUGAAAAUAAAUCUUGCCUACAUUGACCAUCCUUUCUGGCUAUCAGCAUAAGAACAUUUAUUGUGUAUUUGCCAGUUGUUUAAUAUUGUUUAUAGACAGCCUUCGGGACAUCAAACUUUAUCAAGUACUGUUGGAGAUGAUGGAGCACCAAAGCUUACCUUCACUGUGGAUCUGAAUUUAGUGUCUUAUUGUAAUUUUGACCACUUCCAACUUGAGUCCUCUUUUUUGUUUCUACCAGUAAUAUACAAGCACUAACCAAAUUAUUGCUAUAAUCUGAAAACAAGGUGACAUUAGUAAAAAGAAGUUUGAGAAACACAAAACAGCAACAACAAUAAAAAGCCAUCCAGAUAACUAGACACAUUUUGCAAACCUGAAAUGUGAAAAACAAGAUGACAAAUAAAAGUGCAGCUGUAAGGGUCUGUCACUGUUUACAAAGGCUCUCCCUGUUUAAACUUGGACCUAAACUUGGACCUGUCCUUGCUAGGGUGUCAGGAUUUUUCACGAUUCUUGAACCCUUGUCUGAUGUCAUACUUCAGUUUGACAGAAUUGAGCUGAUAACUUUUGCAGCUUUUGAAAACAAGGAGUUGGAAGAUGUGUUUAAGCAUGCACAGGACUUCUGAGAUUAUAAGACUGAAGUGGCAUGUGCUGUUUUCUGUAAUUGAUCUACACAGAUUACUACAUCGACCAGGAGAGAACAGUGAAUUUUUGUAACACUGCAUCAUGCAGGCCUUGCCCACUGCCAAAUUUGGCCAUUCAGAAUAAAUGCUUCUAUACAAGGCCAGAAGAUAUGCCUUAUAAAGUAAUACCUUUAAGUCAUUCUUAAUGUAUUUACUGCAGGUGUAUACUUAUACAGUUUCUCUUCAUUAGAUGGGAUGAGUAGCACCAGUCACUCAUUCUAGGUUUGAUCUCAAGUCUGGAGAAUGAGUGGCUUGUUUACAACCUCUCUGACUCGUGUUUCUUGACUUUUUGUUGUAAUGAUGUCACUGUGUUCUCAGUUUGUACCCGCAUGUUACUGGUGAUACAAUGGUAUAUUGACAAUCGACUAUGAUGGUUAAAACCUCAAAAAUAGGACACAAGUGGUAAUAAAACGAAAAUUCUUUCAAGGCAUGGGGAAAAGGUUUGUCCUUCUAGCCUCUUUCAAAGAUUACAUUUCUGAAGGCCACUGAAAAGCCAACCUCUACAUGUGACUCCUGACCAUACAGCAAGUACUGUACUCAACAGAAAAUGUUUAUUUAUAACAAAGAUAAAAACUGUGAGUGUGUCUGUGUGAUUUGCUCUGCAUAAGUGACUGCAUUGUGAAAAGUGGUGGGCAAUUCACAGCACUUGAUUGGAGUAAUGCCUCCUUAGCAACUGUGUAAUUGUAUUUGAUGAAUAGUUUUCAAUUUCAUCAGCUGUGUAUUAAAUGUAAUGCACGGCCAACAUGUAAAAGCACAUGCAAUUAUGUGCACGACGGGCAACAUGUUCACAGACAAAAAAAUGACUGUUUCCAUGUAUCAUGCUUUGUCUAGAUUGCAAUUUUUGUUGUCAUUUAUACCUAUCGGUGCCUUUUCAUAAAAAAACAAUUUAUGAGAAGGCGAAAAAAACCUGUACAGAUGUACAGAUUUUUUUCUUUAUUUAUUUUCUUUCUUUUUUCUGUUAGUGGCGAUAAUAUUUUGAUAUGCAAACUGACAGAUUCUUGGUUUUAUCAACUUCAGUGUCAGUCAUGUAGUUGUUCAGCAACAUAGCCUAUAAUUCCAAUCUCACUGUGCCACAGUGUCAGAAUUUUCAUUUCAGUAAAGGAAAACAGCAGCUCCAAUUAAAUAGUAGCCAACUCAGCUUGGAUUACUUUGCUGCUGCAGGAUUUUGCAAUUCAGUAUAUUUAAACAGCAGUACUGUAUUGAUUCAACUGCUGACAUUUAGCUUUAGUUGGCUAAGCAAAUCCUAAAAAGAGGUCAAAGUGGUAACAAAUAGUCAUUUGAUAUGAGAGAAACACUAAUUGGCUUCAGUGUUAUUUUUAAUGGAAGCAGUGUGAAAUAAAGACACAAAUCUUAUCCUUACCUAAAUCUUAUUGCUAAAUAAUCAUUACUGAUGAGAGUGCACACUGAGUACCCUCUGAAAUUCCUACUUUUUGGCAUCAAUAUGGGUGAGUAAUUUUUUAAACUGAGAAAUUUGCAGAGUGAAAAGAAAACUUUGUCUUGGUGGUGUGGAUUUUGUUUUUCUUCAAUUUGAUGCACAGGAAGUACUCCAACAGUUGGCAUGAAACUGCCAUUGGCUGACUAUUUCAGUUAGUGUCCUCCUCCCCUUCUGAUAUAUGCAGGUAACCACUCCUUACAUAAAAACCCCUGAGCUACAGCUACCCACUGAAAGGUUUUGAUGUGCAUUAAGGCAGGUCAUGCUGGUUUUCUUGGUGUUUUUCUUUAGUAUGGAGUCAGUUGAAUGCCAGGGCUCGCCUCCCCAUGCACAAAAGUUAAUUAUUAAAUUAGUAUAUGUGAUAUAUAGUUUAAGCAGUUGAAGAUAUUGUUUGGAAAUAGGUUAACACAGGUUGCUUUGUCCAUGUGAUAUUUUGGCUAUGAAACAAAUUUCAUUUUGUUCACAUGCCACAAUUCUGUCAAAAGUGAUUCAUUACAUGUGGCUCUGUGGUAGAGAUCAUGCUUGUUGGUCACUGCUUGAGACUCCUGGCUGUACACUGUUUUGGCUCUUCACUGCACAACCAUAUAUUCAUGUGACCAACUUGAAAAGUUCACAGAAUCUUAAUUUGUAUGUGUUGGAAUAUUUUUGUACAGUUAAUCACUGAAAUCUGCUUUUUAUCUCUACUGCCUGCUUUAUUGUUUUGUGGUUUGUUAUAUGUUUCAUCAUCAUUUAAACAGCUAUACUUAGAAUAGUCACAUCCAUUAAUUGUAUGUCAACAUGAUGAUAGUGAAUGAAUUAGGCACCUAACAUAUGCAAAACAAAUAAAUGUGUUCAUGUGACCUAA